GUCUGCUCUUUCUGUAACACCUUUGGUUAAAUCUGCAACUGCCUCUUGAUGUCUUAGAUCACUUCACUCUUCCUAAGAAGUUUCAAUGUUAAAUACCCGCUAGUCGGCAAGAUAGUUUCAGCUCACAGUUAAUUACAUAUAGUUUAAAGCAGUAUGCAGUCUCUGAAAAUUAGCACUGUAUGCAUUUCCUGCAAAUAGUUAUUAGAUGAACCUAGAAAUUAAUAGGUAAUCAAGAUCAAUAACAGAUUCACCAAAACACAAAAUUCUGUACACUCUUUACUAUCUUCGUUUUGUUAUGUCUCCAUCGACACAUUUAUUUGGGGGCAACUUGCAUUUGCUGUGGCAGGUAUUUGUGGUCACUGUCUCACAGGAUUGGAGGGUAGCAAAAGGAAGGAAGGAUGACAGGGAGGAUGGAAAAUGAGAUUAGAAAAAGGGCAUGGCUGAGUGGAUAAAAUGAGACGUGAUAGUGUUUUUAAUGGCUAAAUCUGAAAUUACUUGUUUUUCUUGGCUGAAUUAGUCAUAGUUUUGUGAGUGCCAAAGAAAUAGGUAAGAAUGAUCAAAGUAUCUGUAGCAAAAAUUUUGAGAGAAGAGUAACCAUAUAGAUCCCAAUAUUAUUAGGGUGUUUUUGAGGCUGGAGCCCUGCAUAUAGUACUGACAUUUUAAAAUCCUUAUUAGUCUGUUAUAAUUCAUUAAUAGAUUGCAACUCAAAAAUACAUGUUUGAAACAGUUUGCCACUUGGAUAUGCAUGUUCAGAGCAGUCUGACAAAAAUCGAAUGUCUUCAAUGUUUAUCUUAUAUUUGGGAUAUAAAAUAUGCGGCCGUCUUCUAUGACUGCAGAAUGGGGCUUGCUUCCUGUUUACGUGGGCUUUAUUAGACAAUGCCAGAACCCAGGCAGCUACUGAGUCUCGAGAACUUUGCUCAAAAUUAGCAUCAGCUACCACCUGGUAAGUUAAGGCAUUUUAGUCAUGGCCAAAUUAGCUUUUCUUUGGCCAACUCUUUAGCUUUUUAAAAGCUAAAGAGUUAAGGCUUCUUAUAGGCGUGAUUAUCUUAGAAGGAGAUUCAAACAUUUUAAAUGCGCUUUUCUACCCAUUGAAAAAUGUAUCUGACUUUAGUAAUAAAAAUAUUCUCAGUGGAAGUCAGCACAAGAUUUUUUAAAGCAAAAAUUAGGGGAAAUUUUAUAUUUCUCAAACCAAUUUGCAGUCCAUAUGUCAUUUAAUCUUGUAAUAACCCUGUGGAUAUCCCCCAUUUUAAUGUAAAUAAACUAAAUCUCAGAAAUUUUAGGUGAUUUAUAACAGAGUUACCAAUCAAAUAUUUUAAAGUGCAUCUUCAGAUCCUGAAUACACAUGCCCUAAAUGCUAGAAAUCUAAUUAUUUCAGUCACUCCUUAAUAUGAUCAAGAAUUUCCCUGCAAACUGAUGAAAACAUUUUUUUCAUUUCUCUGUAUUCAGUAUCAGAAGAUAGGUUCUGAUAUAUAGUCUAUUAGAAGGAAAAAAGAGCAUGGAUAAAUGUUAACAUAUGGCUUUCAGGAUAAUUUUGCUGCUUUUACAUUUAACUUGAUAAAAUAAAAUAAUGACAAUUUUUUUUAUGCUUUAGUUUGGUUUCUUGCUGAUACAUCAGUCCCAGACUUACUACCAACACUGCGGUCUUAUUGAUAACAGUAAUCACGUUUGCCACAAGCUUGAACUCUGAAUGUAAAAUUGAGAUUGUAGUCCAAUACCGUCUCAGGACUUUAAGUCACAGAAAUGUAUAAUCUGGUUGCAUCAGAACAGAAGAAGUAAUUCUAUUGCAGCAGAAUCUACCACAGUUGUGUAGAUGUGACUAAACAGUUGAAUUUCAUACUUCCACUCUUACAUAGCCAUGAAAAAUUCUAUGUUUAGAUUAAGUGGUUAGUUAAAGGAAUACUUAUAUCUCACACAUGCAUUUAACAACCCUGUCUACUGUAAUUUUACUGUCUGGUCUCAGAAAAGGGAAGAAAAAAAGUUUGGAUGAUACUUUUUUCUUUGUGUUAGUUUCUCCUUAGGCAGAUAUUUUUGUCAUCUCUUCUUUUGAGUCCAAUUUUCCUAAAGUUUGUUUAUGUCAAUGGCUCUUGACAAACUGAUAAAAUGUUUCCAGAAAGCACAUGGAUUUGGAACUCUCUCUUGUUAUGUUUAUAUUAGGCUUUAUUUUAAAGGCAAGUGAGACUGCUUCAAAUAAAACAACUCCAAGCUUCCAAGAAACAGUUAAGAGAAGGCAGAGACGGGCAGAAACACCCCUUCACAAACACUCACACGGUUGCCAUGGACCUACAUAAGCAGUGGGAGAACACAGAGACUAACUGGCGCAAGGAAAAGAUGGAAUUACUGGACCAGUUUGACAAUGAAAGAAAGGAAUGGGAAAGUCAAUGGAAGAUCAUGCAGAAGAAGAUAGAAGAGCUCUGCCAUGAAGUAGAGCUUCGGAGGAAAAUCAACAUGAGUGAACGUGCGAUUAUUGAUCUUGAUCGUGAAAAGGCCAUUCAAGACAAAAUGAUGGAAUCUUCUCCAAAUUAUCCCAAUUCAAGACAAUGUGAAUUUACAGGGAUGAAACACAGGAAUGGUCUGGGAAAAAAAGGUAAAACAGGGCAGAGCUUACUCAGUGAAAGAAAUCAAAUGUGUAAGGAACAAAAAACAAUCAAAAAAUCAAAAGUAGGGUUAAUGGAUUCUAUGGCCACAGACAACCAAAAGGAAUGUGAGACCCCGCCUGACCUGAGGACUUCUGAGGAAGAGAACAAGAGCUGCUCUGGCGCCCUCAACACAGCUCUUGAAGAACUUGCCAAAGUUAGUGAAGAAUUAUGCGGCUUUCAAGAGGAAAUUCGAAAGCGUUCUAACCACAGAAGGAUGAAGUCAGAUUCUUUUCUCCAGGAAACACCAGUUGGAAUUAAUAUGCCUUAUGGAGAUCACAUGAUCAACAACAACCAGUGCAUUACUUCAACCAGUUUAGAAAAAGAGAAAAAGAAAAAUAGAAAGAAUCUGAGCUGUACUGAUGUUUUCCAAAACAAUUCUAAGAAAAAAGGUGGAAUUGAUACAACUGAUCUGCAAAGAAGUGAAACCCCACCAGUUCCUCCUCCAAGAAGUACAUCUCGAAAUUUUCCCAGCUCAUGUUCUGCACAAGCCCAUGAAAGUUUGAAGGAAAGUUCAGACCACAACGGCUGGGUGGCGCAAGAAGGUCAAGGCGAAAAGAACCCUCAUUUCCUCUGGAGGCACGACGAGAUGCCUGCGCUGUGUCUAAAUGAAGGGAAGACUUUGAAAGAUGGUAUCACAUUUUCUUCUUUGGCACCAGAAACCAAAACAGAUAAAAAGCCUCCAUGUAAUGAAAAUGUUGGACUUACCAUGUGGUCAUGCGACACUGGGAUUGGUGCAAAAAAUAGCCACUCUACACCAUGGUUUCAGAAAACCUGCUCUAUUCCCAAUAAGCCAAAAUAUGAAAAGGUGAUUCCAGAUCACCCUGCUAAAUCUCAUCCUGAUCUUCACAUAAGCAACGUCUGUAGCUCCUUGGUGACACAGAGCAGCGGCCCACUGAGAAGUUUCAGUUGUGGCUUUGAAAGGACUAUUAGGAAUGAAAAGCUGGCAACAAAGACUGAUGAAUUUAACAGAAUCGUAUUUAGAACAAAUAGAAAUUGUCAUGCAGUACAGCAAAGUCGAAGCUACUCAGAACCCUCUGAAGAUCUUCAGCCCUGUGAUACUUUAAUUUCUUGCACAGGUAACAUCUCAGAAAGUGACAGUGUUUCUGACAUGCUGAAAACCAGUGCCCCCAUGCCUGUGCCCAGGGAAAAUGUGCAUGAUAAUUCCACCCAAAACCCUACAACAGGCCUAUUCAGACAAAUGCAGGAACACAUAAGCCCUAGCAGUUACCGGAAUAUGCUCCACGAGCAUGAUUGGAGACCAAGUAAUUUGUCUGGCCGACCAAGGUCAGCUGAUCCCAGGUCAAAUUAUGGUGUGGUGGAAAAGCUGCUGAAAACCUAUGAGACAUCAGUGGGGUCCGCAUUGCAAAAUUCUAAAUGCUUCCAGGCUAAUUGGACCAAGUGUAAUUCUGAUGUCAGUGGUGGAGCCACAUUAAGUCAGCAUUUAAAAAAGCUCCAAAUAGAACAAGAGCUUCAGCAAAAGCCAGCUAUGUGUGGAGCACAGCAGGUGAAGCAAGGAGCAGAUCAGAAAAAGGUAACUGAGGAGUCCAUGGCAGUGAAAUCCUCACAUGGAAAAGGAUUUUCCCGACCUGCUAGACCAGCAAAUCGCCGUCUCCCGUCCAGUGAUCUUAACCAAAAUUCAUCAUUCAUGAUAUGUAUGAUUUCAGUUCUUCCAAGAGAUAUUAUUCAAGAGGUCAUGAAGUCUCACUUUAUGAAAAUAAUUUAACUUUUGAUGCUUAUGCUCUGAUAUUGUAUAACUUUUGUAUGUAAGUCUAAAUGUUAAAGGUAAAACCCAGUAAGUAUCCCAAUAAGUAUCCAAAGCAAUUCUCAUCUAUAGCAGCAAUUGAAUCCUGACCUCUUCAAUCUUCAAAAGAAUCACAGAACACGUUCACUCUAUAUGACUUAUGUGUACUCCAGAAUAAAUGCAUGCAUUUCCCUUGGUGCAUGCAGUUAUUUCCAAUUUAUAAUUUCACUCUAAAAUUAGUUGUGUCCCAUCAAGUUCUUUUUGAGGCUUUAUUCUCCAAUUAAAUUAUUUACUCAUGUAAUUUUAUAAAAAUCACUGAACAAAUUUAAUCCAGCUAUUUGGGAUCUGCAUAUUUUUUUUCCACAUAAUGCUAUUCAGCCUCAAAGUAGCACGAAAUUAUACAACCUGAACUGUAAAAUUUUUUAUUUCAGUCUUUGCAAGAAAUUUUUGUGUUAAAAUUAACCCAGUAAAAGAUUCUCUGAGUUAAUGAU